AUGGCUCGGCUACGCAAUGCGACGACAGCGCAGCAGCCUACGACUGAGGCACCAACACGUCGUGCAGCGCUGAAAGAGAAGACGAACACCUCGAGCGCAAAAAUUCCCGUCUACGAGAACGAUGGCAAUACCGAGGGCUUGGUCAAGGACGUGAAGCCGAAGCGAGGAAGGCCGAGAAAAGUACAGCAAAAUGCGGAAGAGUUCGUGAUGGCUGGAGGACUGGGUCCUGCGACAAGUGAUGCGCCGGUCUCCGCACCCAACGAAACAGCUAUCACUACGAAUGAGCUUACAAAGAGCGAUAUCGCACCUGCGCCAGUAGCGAAGCCGAAUAGGCGCCCACAGCGGAUUGUCAAGAAGAUUGUACAAAGCGAGAAGCAAGCACAGGUGCUGGAGGGACUGAAGAAGCGCAUGGAGGCAACGGCGCGCGAAAAGCACACAAAGCAGACGAUAGAGCCUGCGCCUGCAACAUCUGACAUCGUGCUGCCUUCGUCGGACCGCACAGCUACCAAGCCAUCAGGGUCGCGCAAAUCGAAAGAGCCCGUUGAGCGAUCGGAAUUCUCCAUCUCACCCUCACCACCACCGCCGGGCAAACUGAGUACUACCAAGGGAAAACGAACAUCAAUGGCUCUUGCGGGAUCGGCUAUGAAGGUGCAGAACACACCAACCGUAGAGUCCAGUAUGAUGGCUUUGAAGAACUUCAAGCGCCGACCGCGACAACCAAGUAUGCUGCAGAUGGUCCAGCAGAGGGCCGCAAGCGCACAGCCCUCAGUUGCGAAUACAGCUGUGUUCGAUACAGCCGCGGAGGACCCGAGUACGUUUGACCUGGAUUUAAGCACCGAUGAGGAAGAUGACUUCGAUCCCGAAGCCGAAGGAACACCCUUGAAUGCAUCAAAGACUACGAGACUGUCAUCCGCGAGCACGAAGCAGUCAGCGUCAGCUAGGGUCAAAGCUGCGGAGGCGAAAGCAAAGAUAGAAUCCAGAAAGCGCAAAUCCGAUAGCGUGGACGUGUCGUCAGGCGCAGUGAACGCGCCCCAUGCGAAGAAACCAAGGCCUGCGGAGGACGCUGAUGAUAGUGAUAAUAUUGUCGUAACACCGAAACCCGCUGCAGUGCCAACCUCGUCGGCAAGAGCUGAGACUCCACAACGGGUCGAAACCUCCGACAUCCAAGUAGCAAACUCGCCUUCCUCCACGCCGCCCACAGAGCCCUCCUCAGUCAGACAAUCAGUCCGGGCGCCACAGGUCGAGGACAGCUUCGUUGUUCCCUCGACUGAGAGAGAAGAUGAAGAAGAUCGGACUCCGACAGGGGUUGCAUACAAGGCUGCCCUGGACGAGCCAAACGGGACGAUGGCUGAACCCAUAAGCAGCAGCCCAGCUGUGAUGGAUGCGCCCCAGUCAACUGACAUCUUUGCAGACCCAAACACCCAAGUCUCGCCCGGGCCACUCAAAUCGAAGCCUAAGAGGAAACAGAAGCAGCAACAUGUAGCGACGUCAAUGCUUCAAUCGCUUCUACCUAGAAGAAGACAGCCUCUUCGACCGAGAGAGCGCAAGUCAGCCUAUGACAUGGAGGCGGAUUCUGACGAGGAUACACCUCUAGACGCAAGCCACCUUGAAGAAGAUGAGGACGAACUUGGGGAAGAUCUGCGACAACCUUCGAAGCCCAAAUCCUCCAAAACAUCGAGAACCACAGGUGGAAAGCCAGGUCGCUCGAAGAAAUCUGACACGACUACGAAGAAGAAGACCGCCACUGCAGCGGCCGCUCGUAAAUCUUCAGCUGCGCCAAGAAACAAGAAAGGGCUCAGAACCUACGGCCGCGCUCCCACUAUUUCAGACAAGGAAAAUGACGACUACCAAUCCGCCGGCGAAGAUGAAGAAGAGAGCACGCUUCCAGAAAUCUCCAUGUCCAUGCAAGAGGCCGUUCAAAGCAAAGAGAUUGAAGAUGCCAAGAAGAAGUUCGCCGAAGUCGAUCAAUGGGACAUGGAGUUUGAGAGCAUGAGCCAGGAAUUCCAUCGGAGUUCGAGCCAAGAAUGGAGAUGA